AUGUCGCGGUUCGCCGCCUGGGCUCAGAAGCAGAAGCAAGAUGAAAGCUUGACUGUGGCCGGGGUUCCCAUCGAAAGCACGCCAAAGCGCGAGCUGGAGCCCUUCCUGGUGGACAACAGACGCGCGGCGGGCGUUGGAGUCGUUAGAGAGCAUUUUCGAGAAUCCUCGACAAAUAUGGACAUUGCCUGGAGCCAUGUAUGCCAAGGUGCGCUCAAGUCGCGAAGUGCUGGACUGCGCUACCGUAGCGCGCGCGAUCUUGUGGACAAGAAUCAGGCCAGGAGUGCAGAUGCACAAGCAGCAGAGCUAUAUGCAGCGGUCUCCGUGCCAGAACCUGAAAUCGGUCCGGUGGGGCAGCGUGGUCUGGGGCGUGCUGGACGAGGAAGGCCAAUGGCUAAAGGUGAAGCCUGGGAGAAGCUUGUCUAA